AUGGUCCCGGUCUCAAAAGAUAUAGAGGCGAUAAGCAGGUUACCUCGACUGUGGCAUUCUGGCCUGACGAAGUUGCAAUAUUCGACAUUCUUCCAAAUCUGUCGCUCACAAUACAUUGGAUUCAAUUUGAAAGACCGAAGCGGUGUUUUGCUUUGCCCGAUGGACAGCUGCCGCAGGGAAUAUUUAGGGAUGAUAGCAAUCUCUGAAACGCUGGAGAAGGCGAUCAAAAUGUUUGGUGAAACAUUGAAGGCGUUGCACUAUGAAAUUUCCUCUCCGAAAACACUGACAGGCAAUAACUUCCAGGCGGACGAAGACUUAGGGUCAAAAGUGAAACACAUUCCCCAUCAACUUUCUUAAGCGGCAUAUUAUUAGUGGGCAAUGUUUCGAUCAGCUGCAAGUGUACUUCCAGAUGGUGAACACAGAUGGGAGCGUUUACAGCAUUCCACACUGCGGAUACAAUAAGACCAAACAAAUUGAC